AUGGCCAGUUUCAACUAUGGCUACUCGAAUAACGUCAUCUCAGGUUCUUUGGCUCAGGUCUCGUUUAUCGACAAGUUCUUGACGGUUCCCAAUGCUACCUCCCUCAUCGAUGCCAUCAUCUCUGGGUUUUUUGGAACUGCUCUGAUUGGUUCAAUGAUCCAAGCUGAUGUGUCCGACCGCUGGGGACGAAAAGUUGCAAAUGCCGCCGCUGCUCUUUUACUCAUUCUCGGAAAUGCUGUGCAGGCCGGUUCUGUCCAUAUAGCAAUGUUCCUUGUCGGCCGCUAUAUAGUAGGUUUCGGUGGAGGUAUGCUUCUUGCGAAUACCCCGGUAUACCUGAGUGAAAUAUCCCCUGCGCACAGUCGAGGAUUACUCGUUGGCCUUCAAGGUAACUUUGUUACUUUGGGCUAUGUUAUCUCCUCUUGCGCGGCAUUAGGAUUCCACUUUGUCGACAAGACAUACCAAUGGCGACUCAACUUUGUCAUUGCUACGGUGGUGGCUCUGGCGCUUCUCAUAUCCUUGAUCUCUCUACCUGAAUCCCCCCGUUGGUUGGUCACCAAGGGACGUGUGGAUGAAGCCGACACAAUUCUUAAUUCCAUCCACAAAACACCAGACGACCCCAACGGAGAAAUCGCCCGCGCCGAGUUGGUUCAAAUCGUUGCUCAGGUCGAAAUUGAUCGAACCUUACCGACUCACUGGCUGCAUAUCUUCCAAACACCCUCGCUAAGAAAGCGAGCCAUUUGUACACUUCUUGUCUGGAGCAUGGCGCAAGCAACAAGCAUCACGGUCCUUGCUAAUCUUACUCCGAGACUUUUUGGUGCUUUGGGCUACGACACUGUUCUACAACUCGGACUUGGAGUCGUGUGGACCGUCGCCCUAUCCUCAGGAUGUUUGGUCAGUAACUGGCUCCUUGAUAGGGUUGGCCGUGUCAAGCUUCUAACCAUUGGCGGAUUUGGUAUGGCUAUUCUUCUCUCAAUCGAAGCUGCACUUCAGGCAGAAUACCUAGAUGGCCAUAACCUAGCAGGUACAAGAGCUGCGGUUGCCUUCUAUUUCGUCAUGGCUUUCUUUUUCACAUCCACUUUGGAGUGUGCCUGCUAUGUCUACGGAUGCGAAAUCUGGCCCACACAUUUGCGCAGCAAAGGCGCUACGAUCUCAUAUUUCGGAUUUUAUAUCUUCUCCAUCUGGACUACGGCACCUGCCGCUCAGGCAUUCGCGACAAUCGGCUGGAAGUAUUACAUGGUUUUCAUUGCCGUUACCGUGGCCAUGACGAUUCCAAUCAUGCUGUAUCUCCCAGAGACUGCUGGUAUCUCUCUCGAAGAAUUGGGUGCCAAGUUUGGCGAUGCUGUUGCUCUUGAUUUCGAACACGCCUUGGCCGAGGGACACAAAAUGGUCGAGGACGCCGACGUUGGAGUAGAGCACGCUGAGACUACAGUUGAGAAAAUCGCGUAA